AAUUAUGUUGGUAUUACAAAAACAAUUGUUAUCGUUGACAGGUUUGUCAAAUUUGACAGUUAUUAUCAUUGUUUUACAUUCUCUUUAUUUUAUAUGUUAACAAAUGUAAAAACACACAAUUUCGGUUCAAAAUAUCAUGGAAGAAUGUAUAAAUUUACAGAAAUUCUAAUAUAUUUCUACAUAGUCUGUACAGUUGAAGGCGAAACUUUAAGAGAAAUAUCUGUAAAUAUCGGUAAAAACUUAAGCAUACCAUGUCCCCUUCACCAAGCGAGCGAUGUCAUGUGGGUGAGAGAAGGUAGAGAAGACCAACAACACAAUCGAAUGUCCGUUUUAGACGAUGGAUCUCUUUUCAUUUCGAAUGCCAGCCGAAACGACACGGGAAUUUACGCUUGUAGUCGCGAGAACGUCGUAAAUUCAGACGUAAAAGGGAAGAUCAAAGUUUUCGUUAGAUCUCCUCCACCAGCAUUAUCGAAUGUUGUCGUUAGACCGAGUACCAUUCUUGCCUUAUUAUUAUGGGAAGUGGACAAGACUGGGGGCUAUCCGAUUAUAAACUUCACAGCCCAGUACCGAUUAGCUUAUACGAAUAGUACUUGGAUACCUAUUUCACCCAACCACAUUCCACAAAAUUCUCGACAAAUAGAAGUUUACAAACUCGACCCGAAUACUACUUACCAGUUCAGAAUCUGGGCUACCAAUCAACUAGGUAGGGGUGAAAUAACCGAAGUAUUUGGUACUACUUUAAAUGUGUAUACAGAACAAGAACUGGCAAGGCAUUUUUUAGAUAGCGCUGACAAAUUUGACACUACCGUGUGGGCUAUAGCAGUUGGCGUUGUUAUGGGCACAUUGGUUUUAUUGGGUUUAGGUACCUGCUUUCUUCUUUACCAAGAAUGCAAAGUACCAGGUGUUGUAGAGGAACAAGAAAUAAUCGAGUUGGUUCCGAACAUUAUAUUAAAUCCUGGAUUCGAUCAAAACAAUCAAGAACAACCUCUGUUACCUCCGGAUGAAAACUCGAAUAACGAAACACCUUUGAGACUCAAUAAUAAUACUGUCGUUCAACCGAAUCGUUUAUAAUUAUCGAGUAAAUUCGAUCGGAGCAAAUGUUUUAUAGACUGACAUGCCGCUGUUGAGUUGGUGAUUUAUUUAAAAUAUUUGCUCUUUUAUGUUUAGUUUUAAGUUGAAUAUCGCUAUAUUCGAACGAUAUGAUGUCGGGAGAAUUGAAAACGGUAUUUUCAUCGAUUCUCCGGAUGAUUUGAGCUUUACUUUUUUUCCAUUUGGUGAUAUUUUUGCUGUGUUCAAGCUUCGUUUUUAUUUUAUUAGUGAUAAACAAUUUUCUAGUCAAGUACAAUAAUCAAACGGCAUAUCCAAAAAAUGUAAUUUUACGAAAAAUUGAUAAAAUAGAAGAAAUAGUUUAUUAUAAAUUGCACCGUAGAGAGAGAUCUUUGAAGCAAUAAUUUUUUAGUCACUAUCGUAAUAACGUUUCUUCUAUUUCUACGGAUUAUUAUAAUUAAUAAGUUUUCCAGGAACAUUCCAAUUUCUACGAUUAUUGCUUGCUGUAUUCUCGAAUAUUUUAAACAAACGUGAGCGUUGUGAAUUGAGAAAAGAUUAAAAUAGUUCCAUUAAAUAAUAAGGUUGAUCAGGGUGUGAUAUUUACCUAGAAACUUAAAAGAAAUACACCUUGUGUUCACUGUAGUUACUAAUUCGAGGUUGAAAAUGCUAAAGUAUCCGCUAUUAACAUACCGGGUACUUCGAUAACUUAAGAUUAACUUAAUCAAAACUUGAUGCUCGCUUUAACGUGCAAUAUUUUCGUUUUUAUUUUCGUCGAAGUAAUCGUAAGACGUUGAAACCGUAAGUGGAGCUGUCG